UACAUUGUUCUGAAUUCUACCAGCUACACCGUCAACAAAAGUGCAGACGUCAUACUUUCCGUAUCUGUUUAUGCCAACCCAGAUCUUUUAAGUUUGUCGUGGCAGAGAAGUUCUUAUUCCUACUCCUACUUUAAUGACAUGAAUACGACAUUUAAUGCCAAAUACGACGGCGGAACACUAGAUUCUCCGUCUCUCGUCAUUCGUAACGUCAGCAUGGAGGAUAAAGGAUAUUACCGUCUAAAUGUGUCCAACGCUAAAGGCACAACUAUAAGUUCGAGCAUUUACUUAAAUGUUAUUGUCCGUUUACCUAUUGUAACAACGCAGCAGACACACUUUUACUACGUCUAUUCGGAAACUAAUCUCACAUUUGAGGUUAACGUCACGUCCGAGUUACCCAUGGUUUCGGUCAGUUGGGAGAAACGCAGCGCCUCCUACCCAUACACAUAUACCUUGAUUGAUGUAACAGACAGCAGAUUUUCUGGCGGAACGAUGAAUGCCCCCUCGCUGACGAUAAACAGUGUCCGUGGGAUAGAUGCUGGAUAUUUUAGGUUCAACGCAACAAAUGUAGAUGGAACAAGGAGCAGCACGUUUUAUUUACAUAUUAAUCUCCGUCUACCGUCAGUUACCACUGGAACAAGGAAUUUCUACAUGUAUUCUGGUGGAAAUGUCACAUUUGAAGUCAACAUUACAUCCUUGACCACUUUAUUAUCAAUUAAAUGGGAAAAACGAAAUUCCUCCUACCCGUACAAUUACUAUACCCUAAAUACGACCGAUGACGAAAGAAUUGAAGGUGGCGAAAUCGGAUCACCUGAUUUUGUCAUCAAUAAUGUAUUAGUUUCAGACAAGGGAUAUUAUAGGUGUGCGGUAGAAAACAGCGACGGAGUUAGAUAUAGCUCAAACUUCUAUUUAUCAGUCACUCCGAGGCUUCCAUCAAUAUCAACGGGGACAACGUAUUUCUACGUCGAAAGAGGGGCAAACAUAACUUUUUCACUCAGUUACACAUCGGUUCUAAAUGUCACUUCAGUAGUUUGGGAGAAAAGAAAUUCAUCAGUAUCCACUUUUGAAACAAUCGAUGUAGUGAACGAUGAACGAUAUACGGGAGGGACAUGGAUUCACCAUCACUAAUUGUUACUGAUAUAUCGUUAGAGGACGAUUACACGUAUUAUCGAUGUAAGGUUUCAAACAUGGAUGGAGAUAGAUACAGCAGCCAGUUCAGAAUAUCCGUUAAACGAUACCGACCAUCCAUAUCACUUUCCUGGCGGUAUUAUGUUUACACGGGAACAAACGUCACACUGCAGACAAGUAUCACAUCCACCUUAAACGUCACAGAUGUCACCUGGGAGAGAAGGAACAUCAGUACAUAUAUGUACGAAAUCAUCGAUAUAUCAUCCGAUAAUCGAUUUUCCGGUGGCGAUAUUAAUUCUCCAUCGUUAACUAUAACAGAUAUUACUGUAAAUGAUGAGACUUAUUACCGUGUUAAAGCUACAAACGAUGAUGGCACAACAUCGAGAUCAGUUUACAUUGAUGUCUUGUUACGUCCGCCAUCCAUUUUACUAAAAUCUAGUUAUAGUGUUUACUCCGGUGAAAACCUCACUCUUGAAACAAACCUAACAUCUUUCUCGCCUAUCACUAACGUGACAUGGGAAAGAAGAAACACAAGCACAUACUUUUACGAAGUUCUCAGCAUACUGCCCGAUAAUCGUUAUGCUGGUGGAGAUAUUCUUUCACCAUCACUGACGAUUAUAAAUGUACACUGGAUGUUUUGA